ACACAAUCACGCUCUCCCAGCGCCCAUUCAUCGCACUAGCAUCAUGUCGGCUCAGUACGCCUUCCGCUCGCAGAAGACCACAGGUCUCGUCUCCAGCCCAUCAUGGGAGAUCGGAUCCAGCAUCGCGACGGCGGACAGCGCUGCGCGCGCCGUGGUAUACUCGCCGAACGGUGAAUAUGUCGCGUACGCGCUGCCGGAGUCGGUCUCGCUGUGUCGCGCUGCUGAUGGACUGGAGGGCAAGGCCGUGACGAUCGCGCAGGCCGGCGUGAUCGCGCUCACCUUCUCUCCUGCGUCCUCGACGCUCUUCACCUUUGAGCGGCCGGUCAAGUCCGAAACCGAGAUGUACAAGAACGUCAAGGCGUGGAGUGUGGAGACCGGCGAGCAGAUCGGAGGAUGGUACCACAAGACCGGGGACAACUGGGAGCCGAUCGUGACACCUGACGAGGAACACCUGUUCCGUCCCACUGGGAAUGACGUCCUUGUGUACUCGCCCAUGCUCGCACUCCGCCCCGCCACGCGCCUCAAGUUUGACGGUCAAGUACGCGGUGUUUUCAUCUCGCGACCAUCCCAGCUGUCCGUGCCCCACGGUAAGCCUCUCCGGCAGUACCCCGAGGCAGCAGUUGCCAUCUGGAUUGGCGAGCGUAAAGGCGCGCCCGCGUACGUUUCGUUGUAUCCCGUGUCCUCCCUCAUUGGCAAGGGCGCGGCCAACGGUGACUCGGACAAGACGGAGAACCGGGACAUCCACCCCACUGUGGCGCGCAAGGCCUUCUACAAGGCUGACAAGCUCACCGUCAAGUGGAACAACGCUGGCACAAUGUGUCUGUUCCUCACGCACACCGACGUCGACAACACAGGCAAGUCGUACUAUGGCGAGACGAACCUUUAUCUCGUGGCACUGGAUGGGUCAUUUGAUGGCAUGAUCGACCUCGACAAGGAAGGCCCGAUCUACGACUUCGCUUGGAACCCCACAAGCCGCGACUUCGCCGUGUGCUACGGCUACAUGCCGGCGCGUACACAAUUGUACGACCACAAGGCCAAGGCCAUCCACAACUUUGGCAACAACCACCGCAACUUUGUCUCGUACCAGCCGCAGGGGCGCCUCCUGCUCUCGGCAGGCUUUGGCAAUCUUGCGGGUGGUGUUGACGUGUGGGAGAUUUCGACCCGCAAGAAGGUGGCCGAGUUUAAGGCCUCAAACUCGUCUCAUUGCGAGUGGUCGCCUUGUGGUCACUACAUCUUAACGGCCACUCUUUCGCCGCGCCUGCGCGUCGACAACGGUGUGAAGAUCUGGUGGGCUAACGGCCAACUCCUUCACAUCCAUCCGCAGGACGACCUGUAUGGCGCCACGUUCCGCCCCUCGCUCGUUGAGACUCUUCCCGAAUUCCCUUCGGUGAUCCCCAAGGCGCCUGAGCCGAACGCGUCUGUCGUCCAGUUCCGCCCCAAGGGCGAGGUCGACUCGGAUUCGGGACCCUCAAAGCCCGUUGCCGCCUACCGUCCCCCAGGCGCGCGCGGCUCGGCCGCCUCCUUGGCGUAUGCGCGCGAGGACGACUCGGCGCCAUCUUCCGGUGCGUCGACGCCCAUCUUCCGUGGUGGCAAGCCUGCCGGCCGGUACAUUCCUGGUGCUUCCAUUCCCGGCGCGUCGGUGCCUGGCGGUCCCGGGUCGGACAAGAAGAAGAAGCCCAAGAACAAGAAGAAGGCGGUGCCCGAGCCAGAGGAGGUUGCCGCCGAGAUCGCCAAGGUCGACAUCAAGCAGGAUGAGGACGCCGCACAGAAGAAGAUCCGCAAUCUGACCAAGAAGCUGAAGGCGAUCGACGACCUGAAGGCGCGCGUGGCCAAGGGUGAGCAGCUCGAGAAGACGCAGAUGCAGAAGGUCGAGACCGAGGCGUCCGUCAGAGAGGAGAUCCGCGCGCUCGGCGGUGACGCGUGAGCACAGCGAGCCACCCCCGGCCGAGUCGCUGCGCAUGCAGUUGUUGGCGCGCAGCACAUGCACGCGACGCCUGUCCGAGUUUGAUAGUUAGUAGAGCAUGACAUACUGGUCUCAGACCGCAUCUGGCAUCUAUGCAUUGCAUUGUCGCCG